AUGAGGGCGCUGCCGGGCGGGCAGGUUGAGCGAAGUCAGGAGGUUGAAGGAGACCGUGCCACACAGACAACCAAGACUGUCCUCAGUCAGGAGGAUGAAGGAGACCGUGCCACACAGACAACCAAGACUGUCCUCAGUCAAGAGGAUGACGGAGACCGUGCCACACAGACAACCAAGACUGUCCUCAGUCAGGAGGCUGAAGGAGACCGUGCCACACAGACAACCAAGACUGUCCUCAGUCAGGAGGAUGAAGGAGACCGUGCCACACAGACAACCAAGACUGUCCUCAGUCAGGAGGAUGAAGGAGACCGUGCCACACAGACAACCAAGACUGUCCUCAGUCAGGAGGUUGAAGGAGACCGUGCCACACAGACAACCAAGACUGUCCUCAGUCAGGAGGAUGACGGAGACCGUGCCACACAGACAACCAAGACUGUCCUCAGUCAGGAGGUUGAAGGAGACCGUGCCACACAGACAACCAAGACUGUCCUCAGUCAGGAGGAUGACGGAGACCGUGCCACACAGACAACCAAGACUGUCCUCAGUCUGGAGGAUGAAGGAGACCGUGCCACACAGACAACCAAGACUGUCCUCAGUCAGGAGGAUGACGGAGACCGUGCCACACAGACAACCAAGACUGUCCUCAGUCAGGAGGAUGAAGGAGACCGUGCCACACAGACAACCAAGACUGUCCUCAGUCAGGAGGAUGAAGGAGACCAUGCCACACAGACAACCAAGACUGUCCUCAGUCAGGAGGAUGAAGGAGACCGUGCCACACAGACAACCAAGACUGUCCUCAGUCAGGAGGAUGACGGAGACCGUGCCACACAGACAACCAAGACUGUCCUCAGUCAGGAGGAUGAAGGAGACCGUGCCACACAGACAACCAAGACUGUCCUCAGUCAGGAGGAUGAAGGAGACCGUGCCACACAGACAACCAAGACUGUCCUCAGUCAGGAGGUUGAAGGAGACCGUGCCACACAGACAACCAAGACUGUCCUCAGUCAGGAGGAUGAAGGAGACCGUGUCACACAGACAACCAAGACUGUCCUCAGUCAGGAGGAUGACGGAGACCGUGCCACACAGACAACCAAGACUGUCCUCAGUCAGGAGGAUGAAGGAGACCGUGCCACACAGACAACCGAGACUGUCCUCAGUCAGGAGGAUGAAGGAGACCGUGCCACACAGACAACCAAGACUGUCCUCAGUCAGGAGGAUGAAGGAGCCACACUGAGGUGGAGAUGGAUGGGUUGUCAAG